AUGGGCAUGGUCUUCCGCACGCUCCUCUUCAACCCUACGGGACGUACCUGGGAAGCGUCUGGGGACUGGGAAGAUGGAAUGCCAGAUGAAGCGACACUUCUGAAUAUGUCUUCAGCUUUCUUGGCUGCCUUUUUCGGUCCCGGGCUGGAGCUAGAAUUCCGACCAUUGUGGAAAAACAAAGUCGAGGAUGAGUUCAAGAUUGAUCUCCACCGUUGUUUCGGCCUCAAUGCUGACUUGCUUGAAAAGGCAUGGGCAUCGUUCGUAUCCAUUUUCAAGAACCAGUUGGAAAUGAAGCGAAAUGCCACACACGCGCAGAGGGCGGAGGCCAAGAAACGGCUUCAGGACACGCUGACUUACGACGUUAUGCAAAUUCCGUCGGCCCUGGCAAAGUGUGAUCUGGGGCGGGACAAGCAGAAAAUACUGCAGGAUGCCUACUUCAGCGCAAGCAUGAAUGAUGCUCUCUCGAUGAGCCUUGUUGGACCGGACGAACCUCGUCAUGGUAUCGACAUCACCGACCAGGUGAAAAGGGCGCUGGAGAAAAACAGCUGGAAAAAAGACGGCGGCAUUGCCUUUGGCAAAGCUUUGGGCAAGCUAUGUCAGGAGCUGGCACUUUGGGCUUUCCCCCGCAAGUAUGCGGUCGAUCAUUUUGGCCGCCUAUAUCUGCGAUCCGAAGCGGUCGCACCAUUUGUCCUUGCAUGGCCUCCAUUGGCAUUCCUUACUGGAGUACUUCCAUUUCUUUGGCGGCGCUUCUAUGCCAGCGCUGUGCCCCAGGCGGAAGCUGCACUUCUUGAAACUGAGGAGGGCACUAUCGCGGGCAUGGUCUGA